UCUGGACAUUUUCCAGAUGCAAGUUUUGUUAUGCUACCUGCAGAGACCUUUAGAUACCAAAUUCGUAUAUAGGCAUUAGUCUACCAAUCAUUCAUAUAAAAUUAGUUUAUCUUAAAGUUGCGACAGCUGCAGAAGUUGCAGCUGCAAGACUUGGCGUUGUUUUUAAAACUCAUUAUCUUACGGUUUCCUUUAUCGUGCAUAAAUCUUUCUUAAAGUUUUCCAGAAGUAUUUAAACAUGGCGCAGCAGCUAUCAGUCGUUCGUUUCACCAAAGACUUCGUUCCUUGCCGAACAUCCCCCGUCACCGAAUUGGGCUGGUUCGGUUUGACCAAUCAGCACGAAGACCCGGCUUGCAAGGACUUCAUUGACGAUAAAGAAAAGCGAUCGGUAAGACUUCUUUCGCAGCAUUGGGAUAGCAUCCGAAAUACUGAUUUGGACGAUCGAUACCAUCUAUACGAAAGCAGAGCUGCAGAAAAUCCAGUAAGUAACUGGCGACCUCUGGCCCAUAUGCAAACUUGGAUAAAGAAGAACCCGGAAGUCUUUCACACGUUCAAACCAGACAUUGUCUGCUCCUCGCGGGCAUUAAAACAAGCGCUGGACAUUCCACACACUUACGGUUCGUUCAGUGAAACAUUUCUGGCCUGCAAACGUCAAGGCACAAUUUAUUUGACAUGUAAGAAAUUUGAUGCUCUGGGUAACGCACUUCCAGUCAACCAUCAAAAAGCAUACCGCAUGCGCCGAUAUGAGCAGUUAGUAGCCGGGACUUCUAACGAUGGUCAAUCAGAUGACUUCACCACAUUUGAUUAUUUCUAUUCCGUUAUUGGUCGCACAAUAGGAAGAACACGCUUGCUCUAUCACCAUAAAAUCGACUGUAUUGAUCCGCAAGUGACUAGUUCGCCAGAGAACUACGUACAGCUUGUUGUUAAUGAAGACAGGCCAGCGCAAUCGCAAAGACAACGGUGCUCCCGGAAAUAUCAAAAUGCCGUCAGAGGCACAUGGAGCAAAUGCUUCCUCAACGGUUCGCCGCGGGCGUUAGUGGGAAGGAAGAAAGAUAAUAUACUAUUCGGCUGCGCGAUGACCGUGGUCGCGCGGAUUCCUGAUAGUGCAAGUGUUUCUUGUGAAAACAGGCGCUGCAAGCACUGGAAUAAAGAGCGAAAUAUCAGCUUCCUCAAUCAGUUCCUGGAAUAUGUGCGGAAUACCGUUCAACAGGAUUACGAACACACCGUUUAUGGAUUCGUCGUGGACUACAGCAACCAGGAUAUAGCGACCGUGCGGGCUACGGAAUGGUGUGCCGGGUCGGCCAACUUCGAAGCCAAUAAUAUUUUGCGCACAUGGGAUCAAGUUAGCGACAACAUCGGUUGCAGUUUAAUUUAAUCGUGUUCCUUUUAAAAGCGGCGUGCGAGCUUUGAGUUAUAUUAUAACCUUUCAAAGUGCCGCUUAAUAAAAAAAAUGAUUGCGUUGUCAGGAUGGACCUCUCCGUCCACCUGACUUGCUGUUGCUUUUGCGCUUCGCAUUUUCUGAGGAAUACAUCCUAGCAUUGUCAUGCUAUUUCGGCGGAUCUGCAGCACGGUUGCAUUGGCUGAAGAAUCCAGUUUUUGUUGGUUUUUUUUUCGUGGCGGUAACAUAGCCAAUAAUGUCAAUGCUUCCGGGUUGUUCCUUUGCGGAUACGUGGACGCCCAUAAGGUCCCACGUUAUAAUAUACAGUCCAACAGUCAUCGCUUAAAA